AUGACCCGAGGAAACCAGCGGGACAACGACCGGGCUAAGGCCCAGAAGAAGGCCCAGGCGCAGGUUUGUCUUCAUCCCCCAGAUAGAUCCACGAUCCCAAUGACCCAACGACUGACAAUCUCGCGACAGAAAGGGAAGAACACCAUGAGCGGAUCGCAGUUCCAAAAGUCCAAGGAAGACGCGGCGGCCAUCAUGCGCGAGAAGCAGAAGAAGGCCGACGAGAAAAAGGCCGCAGAAGCAGGAGGCAAAAAGAAAUGA